CCUCCUGUUCUGUUUCUCGCAUUUCUGAUGAGGCGCUCCCUGACUUGGAGCAAUCAGGAAUCACGAUUUUUUUUUUUUUUUUUUUUUCUUUUUGUUCCCACGGAUACAAAUCUUCCCAAUCAAUCAAGAAUAAUAUAUCAUUUAUUUUGUUCUGGUGUACAUAAUAAUCUGGAUUGAUUCAUAUAUUACUCUUUUUUCUAUCAAACAAAUCAAAAUGAAAUUUGCCGGCUACUUGUUUCAUGGUCUGGAGACGGAAAUACUCACAUUAAUUGCAGCACGGAUUCCAGCAUUGAAUAAAUCGCCUCCAUUCGUUUCCUUUGCCAUCAACAGGUGGCAGUCUAUCUGUGUGUGAGUUGCAUUAGAGACCUGUUAUCACUUCUUACUGUCAAACAUUUUUCUUUCUUCCCGACAGAGUAAAGAAUGAGGUUUUAUUACCUUAAGGCUGAUUCCAGUCGUUGUUUUGAUUCUCACCAUGCCACUUCCGAAAGCAACUAGUGGCUUUUUGCUGCAACUGGCACCAUGCAGCAUACCACCUUCGGCUUUCAGUAUUGCUGGAGGCAGAUGGAAGGCAUACAGCAUAUGGAUGAAGAUUCUGAGAGGAAAAUUUCAGGUUUUCUGUGAGCAGGAGCGUCUAGCAGUGGUGUUCUGUCCAUUGCGUGGGAUUGAAGUGGAAAUGAAGGUGUUUGUUGCAGGUACUAUAUUUAAGUUUUAAUGAGUUCAAGGGUCUUGCAUUUGAGCCUCUUGAAAAUUGCAAAUUUCUGCAGAAUUAUACAUCAAUCUAAGGGUUAAAUGAUCAACAAUUAACUAAGAUGGAGAAGCUGAAAUUAAGCCUUUCAUCUGAUAAGAUCUACCUAGAGAUUAAAGAUUUGCAGGUUGAGUGCCAUAUUCUGGAUUUGAUUAGACCCUGUUAUCAUUCUUUGGAAAAUGCAAUGGGUGAUAGACUGGUGUUGCAUGAAAAUGUAGUAGUGACUCCACAUCUGGGAGCAAGCACUGAUGAUGCUCAGGAAAAAGUAUCCAUUGAAGUAGCAGAAGCUGUUAUUGGGCCAUUGGAAGGAGAACUCUUUUCCACCAUUGUAAAUGCUCCAAUGGUUCUUCCUGACUCCCUGAGUUCAUUGUCGGCAACAAAUACAUCAACUACAAAAAGCCAUUUUCUGCACACCAUUUCAUCAAAUACAGAUCGACCACAAGACCAUAUAGUAAGGAGGAAAGGACACCUCUUGAUGUUUCCACUUUAUACCAGCUAGUAUAUCCUUUAAAUCAUCGCAGACCCUCCAUUCGAGACCACUCAGAUUCAAAUUGGCAUGAUGCAUAGUAGAAUUUCUUUGUUUUGUAUGUUCCAAAAAAGUACAAGCAUAAACACCGCCGAUUGUAACCCAUUUAUUUGAAAAACCAUUUGAACCACA